AUGAACUCAAGUUCGAAAAAACCACAUAUUCAAGUUCAAACACGACACAAACUCAAGUUCAACAAACGCCACAAACUCAAGUUCAAAAACGAAACAAACUCAAGUAAAAAAAAAACACAAACUCGAGUUCAAACACGACAGGAACUCAAGUUCAAAAAACACACAAACUCAAGUUCACCAAACACGCAACUCAAGUUCAAACACAACAGAAACUCAAGUUCAACAAACGCCACAAACUCAAGUUCAAAAAAGAAACAAACUCAAGUUCAAAAACACAAAAAACUCAACUUCAACCAAUACCCAAUUCUCAAGUUUAACAAUUUCCACAACCUCAAGUUCAAACACGAAACAAACUCAAGUUAA